UCAACAACAUUUCUCCCAUUCCCAUCACACUGUUCUUUAUUCGAUACAAUCGAAGCAAAAAAAGAACCUCUUUAUAUCCAAACUCUUAUUCUUACACUCCAACACCAUUUUCAACACCUCUUCAAUUUUUUGCUUCUUUCUCUCUCCAACUCUUCAAUGGCUGCCUCUUCUCAAGCAAUCUUCCAUGGCUCCUUACACAACACCCUUUCUCACUCUUCUUCUCCUAAAUCUGAAACUUUAAGCUCCUUCAAUCUUCUUCCUCAAAAACUCCGCAACCUCCAAACAACUCACACCCGCCGCAUUUGUCGCCGCACCUCCGCAUCCAUCUCCGCUAAGAGGGCUGCUCACCUUGAACUUCUUCCUGUUUCCCCUGAUGACGAUACCCAGGAAGAGGAGCAAAUUGACUACCUAACUGGUAUUCAUCAUCUUGGGGAAGCAGCCACUGGAGUGUGGUCCAAACCAAUUGUAGGGCGCAAAACAAAAAUUGUUUGCACCAUUGGUCCGUCCACUGAUUCACGUGAAAUGAUAUGGAAGCUUGCUGAAGCUGGGAUGAAUGUAGCUCGGCUAAAUAUGUCCCAUGGAGACCACACAUCUCAUAAGAAAGUCAUCGACUUGGUUAAAGAAUAUAAUGCUCAGUCAAAGGACAAUGUCAUCGCUAUCAUGCUCGAUACAAAGGGACCUGAGGUCAGGAGUGGUGAUCUACCACAACCGAUCAACUUAAAAAGUGGUCAAGAAUUCACUUUCACAAUCCAAAGAGGAGUGGGCACAGCAGACUGUGUUAGUGUCAAUUAUGAUGAUUUUGUGAAUGAUGUAGAAGUUGAUGAUAUGCUCCUUGUUGAUGGUGGUAUGAUGUCAUUCCUGGUGAAGUCAAAGACUGAAGAUUCUGUGAAGUGUGAAGUUGUUGACGGUGGAGAGCUCAAGUCUAGGCGACACCUUAAUGUCAGGGGAAAGAGUGCUACAUUGCCAUCCAUUACUGAGAAGGACUGGGACGACAUUAAGUUUGGAGUAGAUAAUGGAGUUGAUUUCUAUGCUGUCUCAUUUGUCAAAGAUGCAGCUGUUGUUCAUGAAUUGAAGAACUAUCUUAAAAGUUGCGGUGCUGAUAUCCAUGUCACAGUAAAAAUUGAGAGUGCAGACUCAAUACCAAAUUUGCAUUCUAUCAUUACUGCUGCUGAUGGGGCUAUGGUUGCAAGAGGAGAUCUAGGUGCAGAGCUUCCCAUAGAGGAGGUUCCUCUUCUACAGGAAGAGAUAAUACGCUUGUGCCGCAGCAUGGGGAAAGCAGUGAUUGUAGCAACAAACAUGCUAGAAAGCAUGAUUCUUCACCCAACACCAACACGAGCUGAGGUGUCUGAUAUUGCCAUUGCUGUUAGAGAAGGUGCUGAUUCUGUUAUGCUUUCUGGAGAAACUGCUCAUGGGAAAUUUCCCCUUAAAGCUGUCAGGGUCAUGCACACUGUUUCAUUGAGAACUGAAGCAACCUUAGGUGGUGCUGGUGCUCAAGCAUCACUGGGCCUUGGUCAAGUCUUCAAGAACCAUAUGAGUGAGAUGUUUGCAUUCCAUGCUACCAUGAUGUCUAAUACUCUCGGGACUUCGAUUGUAGUCUUCACCAGAUCUGGGUUUAUGGCCAUCCUGCUUAGCCAUUAUCGGCCUUCUGGAACAAUAUUUGCAUUCACAAAUGAUAAAAGGGUGCAACAAAGGCUUGCAUUGUACCAAGGCGUAUGUCCCCUACAUAUUAAUUUCUCCGAUGAUGCUGAGGAAACAUUCUCAAAGGCUUUAACUCUUCUACAAAAGCAAGGAAUGGUGAAGGAAGGGGAUGAGAUUGCUAUUGUUCAAAGUGGAAAGCAGCCUAUAUGGCGAUCCCCUUCAACCCACAAUAUUCAGGUUAGGAAAGUUUAGACAUAAGCAGAGAGGACACAUCAAACAAUCGUGCUUUUAAACGUGCACAAAGGGGCAGAAAAAUGAAAGAUAUGAAGUUCUCGAGCUGGCAACAUCCGUUAUGUGGCACAGCUUUGUGACACAUGCACCGGAAAUAAUCAUUGUGCUUUCUGUUGUAACUGCUGUUGUUUGAGAUGUAUGCACCGCAGGCAUAUCCUAGGUAGGGUUUAGUGUUUAGUUUGCCUCAUGUCAUGGAAUAGCUAAUUUAGGUCUUGGUUGUGUUUUGUGACCAUACUUUUAACUGCAUUCUUUCACUAUAUGUUUGAAGUAAAGAGCAAAGUUUUUUGCACUUUGUUUAUUAUAGCUGUUAAUGAUAUGGAGCCUUCAUAAUUAUUUAAA